AUGAGGCCGAAAGCACUCGAAGCUGUCACAGCUCAAGACACGGAGGAGAAGUCGCCAGCUAGGCAACGAAACUCUUCUCACCAAGACCAAAAUACCGCGAAGUCUUCGUCUGCAUCCCCAAGAUCAGCGUCGGAUAAUAGCACGAUCAGCACAGACGGCACCACCGAAGCCACCCCAACCGCCGCAGCCAUCGUCUCGGAAGUCGUCCAGACUGUCAAAACCGCAGUCGACGGCGCCAUCGCGUGGGCCGAAAAGAAAGUUGAUAAGCUGGGUGCGGAGCAAGACACUACGGGCCCUUAUACUUCGCCGGCCACUUGCAUGCCAUCUGAUCUCGAUGCCAUUGCGAGCGGCAUUCUUCCGGCUCUGCCAGCUGCGAGGCAAUACGAUGGGGGUGUUGAUGGUGGGUUGAAGGAAGCAGAUGGUACUGAGAAGAGUGUGAAGACUGUGGAUAGGGAGGACGUACGGUGA